CAGAUAAGACUUGGAAUUACCUAAUUGAAAAGUGUUAUCAGGGACGUCGAGCUAGCCGGGCCAACAUGCUGGGGAAGUUUAGUUUGAUUGUGGUUCUCGCCUGCUGUCUGCAGCUGUCCUUGCAGCAGAGACCUGACUACUGCUACCUGAAGCCAGACUCCGGGACAUGUGAGUCCCACGUGCUCAGCUACUACUACAACCCCGCCCACGGGGACUGCGAGACUUUCAUCUACGGGGGGUGUGACGGCAACUUCAACCGGUUCAACUCACACGAGCAGUGUGCUCACUUCUGCAUGCACAUCAGGGAGGUGCGCGCCUAGUCAAACUAGUCCUUGACGAUUUUCUAAGUCUGACUGAACACGAGA